AUGCUCCUCUCCUUUCGCCUAGCGAAACUAUCCAGAUCCAAGUGGACACGGCCAGGAACCAGCGGAAAUAUAUUUCACCAUGCAGCGACGAGACGAAACUGUGCAGUCGAUUCCCAUCGUGAUGCGUCUCUCAUCCACACCUCAUCGAAGAACUCGUACCACCCCAAAGUCCACCUCCACCCCGCCGCUCCUCCCGCCAACCCUGCCGCUGUCACCCCAGCGCCCGCUCACAGAGCCCCCCUGUCUCUCCUCCCACUGCACAUGAUCCUCCGCUCCCUGCUCACGACUACGAUAUCGUCCUCCCGCUGGCUGCUGCCGCCCUCGCUGGCCAUCGCCUCGGCCCUCGCGCACGCGACACACCCCCUCCUCAGCCCCGACCGCAACCCCCUGCUCCGCGUCCUGCUGAAGCACACGUUCUACGCCCAGUUUUGCGCAGGCGAGACGCCGGCCGAGGUACGCCGCACCGUGUCUCGCCUCAAGGGGCUGGGGUUCUCCGGCGUCAUCCUGGGCUACGCGCGCGAGGUCGUCAUGACGGAAGCGCAGACGAGAGGCCUCAGCGGCGCCAGCGAGACGAGCAGGCGCAGUGACGAGGAGGAAGUGCGGCCCUGGCAGGAGGGGACGGAGCAGACGCAGCAGCGCACUGACCGAGUCAGAUUCACCGGUGCCGGCCAGCAAGCCCUCUACGCCCUCUCCGAAAGAUUCCCGCCCUCGGCGGCCUUAGCCUCGGCCAUGGACAGCAUCUGCGCCUGCGCUGCAGCUCGGGGUGUCCGUCUCCUCUUUGACGCCGAGCAGGCCGCCGUUCAGCAGGGCAUCGACGACUGGACCUUGACGUACCAGCGCAAGUACAACACUGUGCCUGGGAGGGCUGUCAUUUACGGCACGUACCAGGCGUACCUCAAGUCGACGCCAGCGACCCUGACGCGGCACCUGCUGACUGCACAGGAGCAAGGGUUCACGUUGGGCGUGAAGCUCGUGCGCGGUGCGUAUCUGGGUUCGGACCCGCGACACCUGAUCAAUGACACAAAGGACGAGACGGACGCGGCCUAUGAUGACAUGGCCGAGGGGAUGCUACGACAGCAGUGGGGAGGCCGUCUGAGAGCAAGCGGCUCGUUUCCUCCAGUGAGUCUCGUCGUGGCGUCGCACAAUGUUGAUUCGGUGCGGCGGGCGCGGGCCUUGGUCGAAACGGGCCAGGCGCGAAUCGAGUUCGCAUUUGGACAGCUGCAGGGCAUGGCGGACGAAGUGAGCUGCGCGCUGGUGAUGGCGGCGAAUGACCGUGGCUUAGAAGGCGCCAGCUCGGGGUCGAAGAAGGCCAUGGAGACUUAUAAGUACCUGGUCUGGGGUUCUACUGGGGAGUGCAUGAAAUAUCUCUUGAGGCGGGCCCAUGAGAACCGAGACGCUGUGCAGAGGACGCGAACCGGCCGGGAUGCCAUGCGGGCCGAGAUCGCGAGGCGUGCCAGAAGUGCUGUGGGUCUGGAGACGUGA